AUGUCAUCAGCAUGGUAUAUGUCGGAUCUGAGCAAGCAAUCCUCAUUGACAAAGAAACUGUUGCGAAAGGAGAACGAAAAGAAGGACGAAAGUGCAGUGUCGCUGACUACAAGGACCGUGAGGGGCCAAGACAAACUCAGUCGUGCUAAAGUGCGUUCUCUGCGAAUCACUCUUCUCCUAAUUCUCGUAUACGUCAUAACUUGGUUGCCCAACAAUCUUCUCUCUUGGUGGAUGGUGAUCUCGUUCGAUUCAUACCGCGAUCAUCAGGAUACUACGUUUCCCCUGGCCUUCUUAGUUGUGUUGAAUAGCGUGAUUAAUCCCUUCAUCUACGGCAGGUGUCAAGGGCUGAAAAUGAUGUUGUGUUGUCGCCGGAUCGACUCUCGACCAAAGAAAGUGUGCAACAUUCUACAGUGUUGA